AUGGCAAAGGAUUUGUCCACUCUGUGUGAGGUAAUGGUUACAAUAAUUAUUUUUAGUCCAGGAGAAACCUUUCCUAUUGUUUGGCCAGAUGAAAGUGAGGCUAUGGUUAGAAUUACUGAGUAUUUAAGUCACUCUGAGUACGAAAGAUCAAAGAAGUUAGUUUUACAUGAAACCUACCUUGAAAACAAAAUCAAAAAACUUGAAGAAGAAAAUAUUAGAAGAAUCGCCCGAAAAAAUAAGGAGAAAGAAAUGGAAAUACUUUUCAAUCAACUUUUCGAGGCAAAAAUUAAUACCAGUGACCUUGAUGUCGCACAAAUCGAAGAUUUAUUGAAGUUUUCUACUCGUAUAAUGGCUAAACUCGAUGAGAGGAAGAAACAACUCAAUCAACAGCAUGCAUCUACUUCCUCGAGUUCUAAUGCAACAAAAGAAGGCCAUGAUAACGAGGCAGGAGAGAAGAAUGAUGGACAUUACAAUGAUAUUGAUUGA